GAUAAGUGCCUUUUUCAAAAGAUCUCAUACUUAAAAGAAGUGAAGUUAUUAAAAACACAUUUAAAUAAGCUCUUCUUUAUUUACCAAUAGGGUAGUGUUCUCAUCUUCCAUACUGGCUGGGUGACAGAAAUUAGUUUUAAGACUUUGAACCAGGAAGAAGAUUAAAAAUUUUGAAAGAAAAAUAGAGACAAUGGACCAGGAAGAGAAAAAUAACUUAAUAAAAUUUGAAAAUUUCAGUAAUACACAGGAAGUGCAUGACUCACUUAACAUUCUCUACACUUUAAAUAAAGCUAAUCUUACUGAUAUCUCAUUUCAGUCAAAGAUCACAUUCUGAAUGUUGAACAGCUAGUUGGCCAGAAUAAUAAUAGAGAACCAGGAAAAUAGAGGAUCAGCAAAAUAGAGGAUCGGCACAACAAACAAUCAGGAAAGAGAACACUCAGUGAGAAAUCAGACAACAAACAAAUUCUUGGAGAUCUACAAGAUCCAGUACUUACACCAAGGGUGCUAUCCUCCAAAUUAACAAAAUGGAUUCGAGUAAUAUACAUCUCUACCAUCCCAUACAAAACUGUACUGAAGUAGAAUAUACUGAUGGAACAAUGCCUUCACUAAAUGACACAACAAACAAUCAACAAACCAAGACAUUGGACAUACUCGCUAAACUUGAAACCAACAUGGAGGCUCAACAAGUGUACAGUCAUAAAAUUACUGAAGUUUUAGGUGGUGGUUUGGCUGAUGAGAUGCGGUUGAAAGAGGGCGACAAGCUGAUAGAGUUCAUGGGAGUAUCACUAAAGGAAAUGAACCACAGCCAUUUAAUCGAUACAAUGACAAACAUUAACCCAACAACACUUGACAUUCUUCUAUGUAGAGAAACUGUCAAUAAUAAUGAUCAUAUCCCUAUACCCACUGAGCAGUAUAUACGACUUAAAAUAAGUAUUCAAAUCACAUCCAGUGGUGAUGUUACUGUCCACAGUGAGGAACUCGAUAUAACUCAAGAUUUCGCAUUAACAUUUGAUUAUAUAGAUGGCAUAAUGAGAGUGAAUGGUGCAAUCCCUAUUGAACUGAAAAAUAUAAAAACCGGCAACUACUUGAAACUCAAUGGGGAUAAAAUUUGUUUGGCUCCGUUGACAUAUGACAAAAAUAAAGUGUUUUUCCGAUUUGUAUGUUACACAUUCAGUGGUAUGGAUGAACCUAACCAUUGUCCUACAAGGAUAAUGAUGCUUUGCACCCUUAAGGAGAUUUUCCUGCAACUUCAAAAAAGUUACAAAGCGCAUGAAUCUUCACCCGUCACACUGAUCAGAGGCAAACCUCCCCGUAAAGAUGUUCAUCGUAUGGAAGAAGACCCAAGGUUCUUUGUUGUAAAGCCGGUAGAAGGUGCCCCAUCAAAUCUUGUGCAUUUGGUUUCAUUUCUGAAUCAAGAUCUCUAUUUGUCCUAUGACCCAAGUGAUAAAAGCCGUACAAAUGUCUGCUUCAAAAAGCUAUCUAAUCCAUCAUCAGAUUUAGACUCACAAUUUCAACUUUUCAGUCUUGACCAAUCGAAAAAAUGUCACAUUGAUAGAUUGGUUGGUGCGGGGAAUCAUACCAAUAUAUAUAAGUUUGGACCAGAUGGACAUAAGGAAGUUUCUACUAAGAUAACCACCAUGUAGAUAACCAAAAACACUGUAAAUAUCAGUCAAUCAUUGAACAGACUAUAGUGUGAUCAAUACAGAUAUUCAGGCCCCUAGCCAGGAUUUGCCAAGGGAGGUUCACUUUUUGAAAAAUUCCAGGGGGGUUCACUUGUGUCAAUUAUGGUCCAAAAAUGGCCAAUAUCACUUAAAAAAUGCUCAGAAUGAUGAAAAACUGCAUGAUUUUGAAAGAUUUUGUGGCCGGGGGUGGGGGGGGGGGUCAUCGAACCCCCUCCUGGCUAUGGGCCUGGAUAUUGAAGGGUUAUCUAACUGAUGUCGGCAUGCUCUAACAAUCUAACAAGCUAAUUGUAUGUGUUCAAUUUAUAUUUAAGAACUAGACGUAAAGAGGGUAAAAUGUAAGAAGUACUAUAUGUUCCUAAUUUUAUUAUUUGAAUAAGAUAUAGAUUUUUCAUAAUUUAUUUCCUUAUUGUAAAUAUUCAUGAAUGAACUAUUUAAUAAACUUUGUAACUAGCAAACUUCUGUAACUGUAAUGUUAAUAGGAGGCCAUAACUUUUCUCCAACUUCAAGCUGGAUUUCAGUAAUCAACUUUUUUUAAUUUCAUGAAUAUAC